AUGGAUUUACAACGUGCCAGCGUCCCGACGCGCAACCAAUAUGACCGUGUACGCCAAAUACAGGUCGUGGGCAACUUCCACAAGGCAAUUUGGCUGCUCAGGCAUAAAACAACUGGCCAGCUUGCUGUGCGCAAAGAGUUCGAUCCUAAAGAUGUUGCAUCGGGCUUUGCUGCCCGCGAGAUAAGACAUCUCAUACGUCUAUCCAACUGCUACAACAUCUGCACCUACCGCGAGCAUGAGCUGGACUUAGCAACGGGAACUGGCGCGCUUGUCAUGGAUGUGUACGCGUACGGCGAUCUAUGGGGUUUGCUCGAGAAGCAUGUCAGCCAGCGCAAGCCUUUCUCCGAGAGCUUCAUCUGGCACGUCUUCAGGUCGCUAGCCCGGGCUCUGCGACACAUGCAGCGUGGCGAUCCUCCGGUUCUGAGCGACACAUAUGAUUGGAUUAUGCACCGAGACAUCUAUCCGCGCAACAUCUUUCUCGGCCUACCUGCCUCUCACGAACCCUCAUGGCCGAAAGUGGUUCUCGGUGACUUUGGCUCGAGCAUAUCGCGUACCGACAACUGGCAAACCAUUGAGCUGCGACAGCAACGGGACUUUAGCCCACCGCCAUUCGAACCGCCGAGCAACAAAAGAAGUGACGUAUACCAGGUAGGAUUGGUCAUAGUUGCGCUUUGUAGAUUGACCACGAUGCCGAGCCUUUACUUGCAGUCGUUUCAAAGUAGCCCAGCUGGGGCAACUUACACACCUAUGCUCAACGAUAUCUUGAAAAGAUGUCUAGAGAUGUUACCGGUCAAUCGCGUAUCUGCUGUUGAGCUACAUCAGGUGCUGAAUACUCGCCUCAUUGGGGGUGGUAGUUUACAUGAGUUGUUGCUUGGACCGCCAAUGUACCAGACUUAG